UUCAUAUUUCAACUCACCUCUUAUUCUAUCUACAAGUGACAUCUUCAUGAAUACUUCGCAAUGCCGAAUGUGCUUGUCCUCUCUUUCGAAGGAUUCUCAUUCUCUUCCCGCCAACUCUACCAACAACUCCUCCCCAAGCUCUUGUCCAGAGCAUCUGUCCAUGAAUCCCUCACAAUCCAGGAUGCACUUAACUACAUUCUCACUGGAUGGCCGACAGUUAUACUAGUUACAGAUCCGGUUAUCACCUCCGAAGAUGAGGAUAGUCAACGACUACUCCUCGCAGUCGCUGACCUUACCAAGCAUGGAUGCACCACAAUCCUCAUGGGUUUCUUCGCGGCAGUAGUCACCGACCGGCUGAAUGUCAUCUUCAAGGAGUAUUUUGAUCUUCGUUGGCGCGUGGCUGAAUACACAAGCCAGGACACGAGCUUGCUUACACCUGACGAAAAUCUGAUCCGGACUUCAAGUCUAGUACCAUCCUUCUACCCUAAGGCACUCUUCCUUGGUAGAGUACCUGCCGCCCAAACGAUUUACGUUGGCUCCUCCGGAAACUCAAUGACGGCGUAUGCUGCUUAUGCUAGAGUUGGACUCGGCAAACUUGGCUAUGUCGGAGAUGUAAAUUUUGGGGAGGAACCAGAGCGCUUAAUUCUGGCAAUGUGUCAUUUAGAUCGGCCAGAGGAUUCCCUUCAAACCACAGAAGACAUGGAGUCUUGAUCAGUAUCGAAGUUCGGAGAUGUUCGGCGUUUCCGCAUCCCUUCCUCCUAUCCCAGAUUGCAGAGCCAAGUCAGCUACUGCAAUUCUGUCAAAGAUUGGGUGGCCAGGAUCGAGGGAGUUGUGAAGGCCGUGUGUAGCAUUCAGGAGGACGUUUCUGGCUUCUUGACCUCGAACUUGAGGUUCCAGUGAGAUUGCAUAUUCUACUGAUGCCAGUAAGGUACGCGGAUGGUUCUUGCCUAAAGCCUCCUCGCUCGUCAUCCACAAUGAUUGGAAAAAUUCUUUAGCUUCCUCUCCGUUGU